AUGGGCAGGAUCAUUUUCUACGAGGAGAGGAACUUCCAGGGUCGUUCCUACGAGUGCAGCAGUGACUGCACCGACAUCCACAUGCACCUGAACCGCUGCAACUCCUGCAGGGUUGAAAAUGGGUGCUUUAUGGUGUAUGACCGUGCCAACUUCAUGGGUAACCAGGUCUUUCUGAGGAGAGGAGAGUACUCUGAUUUCCAGUGCAUGGGAAGCAUGAUGGGCAUGAUGGGCAUGCCCAUGAUGGAAACCGUUCACUCCUGCCGUAUGAUCCCCAUGCACAGAGGACAGUUCAGGAUGAAGAUCUACGAGAGGGACAACUACGGAGGCAAGAACCAAGAGCUGAUGGAGGACUGCGAGUCUCUCCAGGAUCGCUACCUCAUGUCUGACUGCCAGUCCUGCAACGUGAUGGACGGCCACUGGCUGAUGUUUGAGCAGCCCAACUACAAAGGCCGCAUGAUGUACGUGAGGCCAGGAGAGUACAGAAACUUCAGAGAAAUGGGAAUGCCCAACAUGACAAGAAUCAGCUCCAUUAGACGCAUCAUGGAUAUGUGCUGA